AUGGAGUCGGCGGGGCCAAGCUCGCCACCUCCCGCACGUACACGCAAGCCCGGCGAAGUGCGGUCGCGGAGCGGAUGCAUCACCUGUAAGCAGCGCCGCAAAAAGUGCGAUGAAGACUUUCGCAUCCGUCACAACGGCGCCACUUCGUGUAAUCGAUGCGCGGAUCGCGGCAUCCACUGCGAAACCAGCUCGCAUGCUACGCCUCAGCGCGCCCCGCAGCAACACCGCGCAUCGCCUUAUCCCUCUGCCUCUUCCAAUCCGAACAGCGCGUCAAAGCCGCCGUCUCGCGCCGUCCGCGGUCCAAGUGCGGUUCCAGGCGGUCACUUGUCCGAUGUGACUUCUGCAUCCUCUUCCUCGGCGGCUCCGACCGGUCCGUCAUCGGCGCAUCCGACAGGUUCUAGCGUCGAUACCAGACACUCCGCAUUCGCUUCUCCACUGGACCAGAGCCAAGCCUGGGCCGCUUCGGCGCACUUCCCGGUGCAGCAGCCGCUCCCCCCGCAGCAGCAGCCGCAGAACGUCGCCACAUUCGCCGGACUGCAGAAUCCUGCCGUCAUGAACCAGCUGGCGUGGAUGAACCAGAACGCGGCGGCGCUCAAUCGUUCGGCGAUCCGCUACAAUCGCCCCAACAUUUGGCCCAUGGCUGCCUCCAACGGCGGCAUCGACGUUGCCGCAGCUGCCAAUGCUGCCAUCGUUGCCCAGAAUGGAACGGGCAGUGCUCCUGCACAGAAUGGCCCCGUCGACAUGAACGCUCUGAUGAAUCUCUUCAACAACAGCAAUCCUGCUGGCGCUGCGCCAGCACCCAGCCAACAGCAAUGGCCGCAAGGUUACUCCAACAGCAUGGACAACAUCAUGCUCGACGACUUUGUCAGCGAGCUCAUGAGCUUGACAGGGCCUCUUGUGGGCGGCGAUGGCACGUCGCUGCCGCAGACGUCGGACAACACGCCUAUGGCAGCCAAUCAAUCAUCUCCUGCUCCGCUGCGCACCGCUUCCCGUGCAUCCAACGAGACCGCUCCUUCGUCCUCGUCUGCCAACAGCAGUGCGCAGAGGCAAAACCUUAACGCGUCCUCGGCUUCGUCCGUCCCCUCUUCGAGACAAGCCAGGCCGCUCGACAGCAAGUCGCCUUCGAACCCGCCUUCCAAGACGAGCAACGCUAAGGCAUCCACGCCUGGUCGCGUGUCCAAUCGCUACCGCAAGCUGCUAGACUCUGAUGCCAUCGAGUCGCUGCUGAGCAAGUACAGCCCCAUCUACGAGCGCUUCUGGCACGCGACCCUCAUGCUCCUCUCGAACAAGAAGAAGCAAGCUGCUGUGGACUACCUGAUGAGCGUCAUCCGCUCCAACAAGGCUUGCCGUGCUUCCGUCGUCGUCGUCUGCCUUGCCUACCACGAGCUGGUCCAACGCGUCCGGAAAGGUGCGCAAAGUGAGCACGCAAAGGCCUCCCUUCAGCAGGGUGUGCCACCGUCCAAUUGGACCUCGGUGGCAACCGACGCGGUCCACAACGGGAGAGCCGUCGAUACGCCCGAAGGCAGCAUGUCGCACACCAUCAUGACCAUGAUUCCGGAGGACACGGACCAAGACGAUCGGCGCUCUUCUCGCACGUCUCGCCCCAGUCGACACUACGCAUUGUCGCGUGGAGACAGCGACGCCGAGGACAACGACGGGGACGAGGACGAAGAGGACGACGAUGCUAUGCAUACAGAGGAAGAGAUCAGCACCAUCCAAGGUCGGUCAGGAAGCGAUCGGCGGUUCACGCAAGGCACCACCCGGCACAGCUCAGAGGUGUACGGGUCGACCAGUUUCUCGCGGCGCAGCGACCCGGGACAACGUCCAACGCCCUCGGCCGGCCGGAACCUGACAGGCAAGCUUUCAACCGUAGAGGAUAACAUCCAGGAGAUGGACGACCCGUCGCGUGACGCCUUCAAGGGCCAGAAAGUGGAGGAGUACACGGUGGAGCUGUGGUUCGACAUUGCGCAGGCCGAAUUGCAACGCAGCAGGGACGAGCUGACGCUCGACCAAGAGCUGUGUGCCAUCAUUAACCUGCGCUGGGCGUGCCUCUGCUUUGCGGGUGCCGAGCGAGCGCGCCAGCUCACCGAGGAGCUCGGCGUGGUCAUGCAGCGCGAGGGCAUCGACAUGGACCAUGCGGCCGCAGAAGAGAAAAAGGGCUCCUUUGUCUCGGUCAUGCUGCUCACCGCUGUCUACACCGAUGUGCUGGAUACCGUCUCGGAUCGGGGUAAGCGCACGCAUGUCUCGCUGCGCACCGACGCGCGAGCAGCCCGGCCGUUCCAGCCUAGGCGCGCAAGCAGCUCGGCGAUGGGCAAGAGUGCUUCGGCGGACAGGGACGAGCCGUUCUUUGGGCGAAUCUCGCUGAUUUCGCUCGAGCUGCUCACCUGCUUCAAGCUGAUCUCGGAUCUGGCCGCGGACGUAUGGGGCCCAAUCAGCAGUGCGGUCCUGCAUCCGACGCGACCGUCAGAAGACGAGGUGGCGGAGCGCUCGCGCGAGAUCGAGCGCAAGGUCAUGUCGCUGCCUCCCUGGUCAGACCCCAACACGUCGUCGUCGCUGCGGGUGCGUGCAUUUGCGCUGCAGGAAAUUUGGCGCCAGACCGCGAGGCUCUACUUGCUCCAGGCCGUGCACCGCCGCGGGCCGCUGCAUCCGGAGCUGCAGAACAUUUUGCACGAGAUCAUCAGGCUCGCCAAGAUGAUGAAGAUCCAGAGCUUCUCGCCCGCCGCGCCGACCUUUACGGGCGGAGCUGUAGCGGCGCAGCGAUAUCCCUCGCAGGCGACGCAGCGCUCGGCACCCGCCAAUUACAUUGGAGGACUCAAUUCGGCUGAUCCGACCAACGAUGUGCGCGAUGCCAAUCAUCCGGAUCCGAUCAUCAAUGCGACGUACGGCAUGGACGAUUUGGACGAGCCGUUGCAGCCUGAUGACGACGAGGAUGGGCCUGGGCCGGCGCCGUUCCAGAUGUGGCUUGACGUCGCCAGCUGGGAGAUGUGCACCGUGUGGUUCCUGUGCUCGACGGUAGCGCUGACGAGGCAGGACCGCCAGUUCUGCAUUCAUCAUCUCGAAAGCCUCGGACUGGAGCGCGCCAACCGCGACAACAUCCAGGUCAUCCGCGACUACUGGGCCAAACAGGACGCCACAGGCCACACCAUGGACUGGUUCGACUUUGUCAAGUCUUCCGGUCGAUCCGUCAUCUUCGCGUUCUAG